CGUCAAAAGGGGGGCCGGGGAAAUCGAGACUGGCGAGCCGGCCUGCUGAGGAGAAGAAGGCCCGGAGGUGGCGAGGCGGGACGGCGGCGCUUCCCUCCGCGGUUGCCGCCCACAGACGAAUCCGGGACGGCGAGCAUGGCCGGCGGGGCUGGCAGGCUUCCAGAGCAGACUCGUUGCUGUUUCUUUUGUGUUUGAACGAAGCUGUGCCUCUAAAUGAUCAGCGGCACCUAAAGAAUCAAGUCCUAAUAAUUACAAUAAUGGCUUAUCACAACGCUCUCCGAUUCUUAAGUCGCUGCGAACAAGAAGUCUUUGGAGACUGAGUUACCCUAAGUGCAGAAGGAGCGGGAAAGGAGGACUUGGUGCCAAUGCAGCAGCAAAAAAGACAACCAGAGUUAGUGGAAGGGAAACUUCCCGUCUUUGUGUUUCCUACCGAACUCAUAUUUUAUGCCGAUGACCAGGCGACGCACAAACAGGUGUUGACUCUCUACAAUCCCUAUGAGUUUGCCUUAAAAUUCAAAGUUCUCUGUACAACUCCAAAUAAAUAUGUCGUGGUGGAUGCGGCUGGUGCAGUGAAGCCUCAGUGCUGCAUUGAUAUAGUGAUUCGUCACCGAGAUGUCCGACCUUGCCAUUAUGGAGUGAUCGAUAAGUUCCGGCUCCAGGUCUCUGAGCAAAGCCAGAGGAAAGCCCUGGGAAGGAAGGAAGUGAUUGCUACUCUGCUCCCCACCGCAAAAGAGCAGCAGCAGAAGGAAGAGGAAGAGAAGAGGCUGAAGGAGCAUCUGGCCGAAAGUGUAUUUCUGGAGCAGACUCUGUGUCCGCCGGAAAAUAGAAUUGCCUCAUCGGGGCCUAGUUUACUCACCGUCUUCGUGGGAAUCCUGUGCAUUGCUGCUCUUAUGCUUCCCACAUUGGGAGAAUUGGAUUCCCUGGUGCCUCUCUACCUCCACUUGAGCGUGAAUCAGAAGUUAGUUGCUGCUUAUGUAUUAGGUCUCAUCACCAUGGUUAUCCUAAGAACAUGAGUGAUAUUUUAAUGGGAUGCGGAAAGUCUUUUUUUAAAGAAGGUGUUAUAAAUUCACGUCAUGAAUGUGAAUUGCCUUUGACUCGCAUUGGGCUCCUUGAGAUGCUAUGGAAAAACCUAUUCAGUGAUUUACAGUAUGGGGUUUUUUUUCCUUAAAAGAAAAAAGCAAUGUUUUAACUAUGUUUAACCGAAACGAUUCAAGCCUUUGGCUACGCUUCUGUUACGGAACAGCUCUAAAACGCUCAGCGAUGAAACGAAUUCGGAGCGAAUUUUUAUCUUUGCAUCCACCAGGCGGAAUUCUUUUAACGCAAGAAACGUUCCUGUUGCUUUUUUUAAAAUAAUAAUAAUAAUAAUCCAACUUGCCCACCUGUUGUUAGAUCGUCAUGAACCUCCCCCCAGCAGACGCGCCUCCAAUGUUAAUUCGUCUUCUCCUCUCGUGUCUUGUGUUGCCAUUCGUGCGAAGUGACUUUUUGUGUAGCGCUGCCAGUUCUCCAAGAUGGCAGGUGGUUAUUCGGAACGGAUUACCUGAACGGUGAACAUUUGAAUAAAAGGCGGGGGCAGGAGGCAUUGUGUUUACAUAGCAAUCUAGUUUGCUGACAGAUCCUUCACCGGGGCAAGAAAACGGGACUGCGCUAGCCAUUUCUGUCCAGUAGUUCCGUGGCCUCCCGUUCCUUGCCAUUUGGGCUCACCCAGCUCAUUUUUUGGCCAAGGUGUUUUUAACCCACCGCCGGGGUGGGAUGCAGACUAACAUUCCCUUAACUGGUGCCGCCGACCUCAUUACGCAUCCAAACUUAAGACAGUGCUUCUGCCUCCUCCUUCCUCCUCCCCUCUUUGCGUGCAAGAUGUGCUCGGUCUCUGCACAAAAAAACAAAACCCAGAAACUGACUUUGAGAAUGAAUGCUUCUUGCAUUAUUUUGUCCCUGGGAAUGAGUGAUUGUCCACUCGGGCGCCUUGUCUAAGGAAACACCUUGUUUUCUUUCUCGGACCUGGUGGUUCUGUUUUUAAUCCCCUCCAUCCUCGUCUUUUUUUCUUAAAGGUCUAAUGCACUUUGACUAUGUAAGGAAUGUUUUUGGAGGAUUAAAACCUUUGCACCCACUCU